AUGUCUCGCACAACCUCAAAUCCAGGUGAACACCCUGCACAUGCCAGUAUACGAGGCCAAAGUCCUUCACCAUCGCCGCGUUCUGCGUCCAACUCCCUUCAAGCUGCUGCUGCAGUUAAUGCAGGACUUCAACAGGAAGAAAACUCAAGACGCUCUUCCACAAGCCGACAUCGACAGGCAUCAACAGCAUCACACUCAGGCAGAAGACGAUCAACAAUCUUGAUGAAUCUACAAAUGAAUGAUCCAACCUUGCCACCUCAAGGGGAGAUUGUGAGUGAUAGUCAGUAUCGUACAGCUAGCCCGAUGUCACUUACGGGCUCACCUAUCAUUGCAAGUGGUGAUCCUCAUCAUUUUCGUACUCCUAGUCUUGGUGAAAUACAUCAGGAAUUAGAACAAGAACAGGAGGCUCAAGUGAAUCGUCUGUUGCAUAUGAUUCGAACUCAACAACAACAACUUCAGCAACUACAAGCUGCCAGUGGCCAAGCGCAAGGAUCCGCACCAGCCAUAGACGAAUCUACGCCAACAUCUGAGCGAUCUCUAUCAUUUUCGACACAAAACAUUCCCCCAAAUGUGACUUCGGCAAUCUCAAUUCCUCGAUCACCCGCUACGGUGAUGCAUCCUCGAACUUCCUUCGAUGUUGCACGAGAUAAUCUACAUCGGCGAUCAAGAACACCUAGUCGAACUGCAUCGCCUAGGUUGAGGUCUACAUCUACAAGCAAUGAAGGGGGAGAAUCAUGGAAUUUGGGUGGUCGUGAUGAAAGUGCAUACUAUCAGGCAGAAACUCAAACCAUGAUCCGAGAAAACCAGAUGUUGCGUCAGAGAAUCCGGGAAUUAGAGCGACAAGUUAGUGAUUUCCAUUCGAAUUCCUCUAUAACACACGAGCCUGCCACUGCAUCGCAUUUAAUGUCAUCCACAUCUGUUUCCGAAGAAGCAACACCACUUGUUGCACCAGCGGAUGAACCAAAACAAGAUUGA